UAUACUAUGUGCCUACAGGCCUAGGUGAUGGCAUCGGAUGGAUUCGAAGGAUCCAAAGUCCCGGCUGCUCGUGGCCCUCCGAAAAUGGGGACGACCAGAGGAGAUUUCGAACGAGAUGUGGGAGAUACUUCCCAAGUACCAGGCGACAUUGCGCCUGCCUUGCUACUCAGAUGGUGAGGAGGAUGUGGAAGAGUUGGAGUUUGAGGGAGAAGUUUGUGAUGACCAAGAGGCUGCAAAGAAUUCUGCCGCGGAGCAGGCUCUGGACUACUUGAGCAGCGAGGCUGUGAAGCGCAAAAUCGUGGAGAUCCAGGCUGCACGCAAGAAGCCGAAGACCGAGAAGAUUGACAAGCCCCAGGUGCGACAACCGGUAGUCGAGGAGGAGGUGGAGGAGGUGGAGGAGGUGGAGGGCGAGGAGGAGGAGGAGCUGGCGGAGGAUCCGGAAACCGAGCAAAGCUCAGAAUGGAUGGGCCUCCUGGCGCAGAUUCCGCGAUUCUUACAAGAUGAUGAUGAGCGAGCUCGGCGUGCUGGGCUUCUGUGGCGAUAUGGGCCUCCAUAUCCGGGCCAAGUUCCUUUCGAUGCUGCUGAGGACGACAGCUCUGACGAAGCGAUCGGCCGAGCAGCAACACCGCUCCGAGGAAGAGGCCGCAGCCUAAGACCCGCCGGAGGAAGCGCGGCGAACCCGACAGCCCGUGAUCUGUCGGAACCAGCGGCAGAGGAAGCUGGCAAAGCGUGCGGCCGAGAAGGGGCGCCUUUUGGAGCAGCAGGAAGUGGGCUUCCAACACGCGAUUGGGGAGCACGCCUGGGAGAUCGUUCCGGCGAGCCUGAGGCAGAAGCUGUGGAGUCUUGAGCCACACGAUCCACUUGGUGGCCAAAGUCGCACACCGCAGCCGAAGAUCGCCGGCGCGUUCCACAUCGAUAUUCCAUGGCCACUGGUGUCGCGCUCACGGUGUAUGUAUCUGAAGUCAACGUUGAUGAGUCAAACAAAACGGCUUGUGCAUCAGUGCCUGUGAUGGACAUCAGAAAUGGGAAUGGGCAAAGGAGGAGCUGUUCCAGCUCACCACCAAAUUGGAGAGGGUGCCAAACAAGGCAACCGAUCGCAUCACCCGCCCCGGCACGUGAUGACCGCAUGAACCAGUGGCUUCGCAGCGUCGAUGGCAAUGGUGUCAUGCGGAAGCACUCGGAUGCUCUUGUCAGAG